AUGGCACAGAAAGUGAUGAAGAAGGCGUCGCCCCGCGGGUUGCUCAAGCAGCCUUUGCGGCAUCGAUUCUUCGCCCUUCGCCAUGGCGAGUCCAAAGCGAACGUCGCCAAGAUCAUCAUCUCCGAUCCCAAGGUGGGCACGAAGAAAUACGGCUUGACGAAAGCAGGGCGCGCUGCUGUCAAGCGCACAGGCUCUCGAUUCAUCAAGAGUGCUUCCUCGCGUGUGGUGAUUGUUUCUAGCGACUUCUCCCGGGCUCGGGAGACUGCGCAAGUCUUCGCGAAGACGUUGCGGAAGGCCGGCCUGAGAUGUCCAGUGCAACUCUCGACGGCGCUUCGGGAGAGGCGCUUCGGCUCUCUGGAAGGCGGCAGCGACAGCCGCUACAAUGAGGUUUGGUCCAAGGAUCGGCGUAACGCUGCGGCUCGGCCGUUUGGGGCGGAGAGUGCAAAGGCAGUGCAGAUCCGGACUGCGAAGCUGGUCUCAAGACUGGACCAUGACCUUCCUGACGGCGCUGAUGUGGUGCUCGUGUCCCACGGAGAUGCGCUGCAAAUCCUGCAAACCGCUUUUCAGGGGAUUUCUGCCGCUUCCCAUCGCUCCUUGUCUCACCUGGAUCGCGCGGAGCUGCGUGCACUGAACCCUGAGGUUUAG